CAAAAAACGCUCAAAACAUACUAUACUGCCUAUUUACUUAAAACAAGUCUCACAUAUUGGAUUAUCCAUAGCUCAAAAUCUUCAUAAAUAUAUCUUCUACAUAUAUAAAAAUAACCCGCCCCCCAUCUAUACUUCACCCGCCUCGCAAGAAAAAGCAGACAUAACCGUCCCGCAAAUGCCUCUACCCUUUUAAACCUAUCUCUUCCAAUCCCUCCCGACAAUUCUCUCUCGCCAUGUCUUCUCAGUCGCCUACCCCAACAGUCCUCCUAACCUCUGUCCCUCCCAAAACGCUGCUCGGCAUCGACCUCCUCUGCUUUGCCACAACCCCAAACUUCCAUGGCAUAAAAAACCUCCCGCCCGGCCCUCACUUCCUAUACACAGGUACGACUGAGAGCUUUUCGUUACGUAACGGGGAGUGGUUUUUUAUACAUGACGACCGCACCAGCGGUAACAUUGGCGGUGGCGGUGGUGGUGCAACAAUAGCGGCAGGGGGGGUGGACAUACGCCUGCGCAGAUGGGAUGGGGCGGUUGAAGCUCUGAUCCCGAUCGAUGAAGGUAGUGAGGAGGGGAAAAGAGAUGCUAUGAGGUUGCGGGCGAAUCUGGGGCGGAUAUGGGCGAACGGGCAGUUAUUGGCAUAUGAUACGGCGAGGGCAGAACAGCGGGAGCGACAGGGUGAUAUUCAAAGGCACGAACAAUCGGAACAGGGGGAACCAGACCUAGAGUCGGAAUCAAGACAGGAACCAUCAAACGACUGGCCACAGCUCACAAACCACAUAACGCCCGCCCUCCUCUCUAGAAUUCUCGGCUCAACUCCAACCACCACCACCUCCAUUAUCCCUGCAAACCAAAAUACCACACCGCCCCAACCCCGCUGGACCGUGACCUCUGGCAGCUCUGCCGCGCGUGAUCGAGACGAUAUCCCCGGCCUCUCCGCCGCAGAUGUAGCAAGGGCCUGCGACACCGGCACGGCCAGCGAGCAGGAGAAGGAGUUGCGUUUUCUGCCUGUGGAUCUGAAGCGGACGUGGAGGGUUGGUGCGGUGGGGCGCGAGAGGACGGAGGCGGCGCAGGAUCGGUCAUGGGCGCUGGGGGAUUUGGUGGGGAGAUUUGGGAAGGGGGAAAUGGGGGUGGGUGGUGCAGAGGGGCCUACGGCUGCGCCUGCGUCUGCGCCUGCGCCUGCGACUGCGACGGAGGCAGGGGCGGCCACGACUACCAUUGACGAUGAUGAUGAUAAUGAAGGGCAGGAGGCUGGCGAAGCGCAUAUCCUCGGCGAGCUACAAUUUACGUUCCUGAUGGUUCUUACGCUGAUGAAUUACUCGUGUCUGGAACAGUGGAAGCGGCUGCUCGGGUUGAUACUGACAUGCCGCGCGGCAGUGCUCAGGCGGGAAAAGUUCUUCGUGCAGGUGCUGCAUCUACUCCGUUUGCAGCUGCGGCACUUUGAUGAUGUUGAGGGGGGUUUGUUUGAGAUGGAUGGGGACGAUGGAGGCGCGCUGUUGAGGAAGUUGCUUACGCGGUUUUCGCGCACUGUGCAGGAAUUUGAGCAGGGAGAGGGUCGGAUGGUUAGGAGAGAGUUGGGAAUUUUGGAGAAUUGGGUUAAAGGGCAAUAUGGGUGGGAGCUUAGGUCGGGGGCGACGGUUAAGAGGGGCAUGGUGGAGUUGGAGGAUGGGGAGCGGGUGGAAAUGGAGGUGAUUGGGGCGCAUGAGGAGGAUGAGAUGGGGGAGUAUGCUCCGGUUGUUGUUGAUCUGGGGGAAGGAACCAGUCUUGGAAAGGGUUUGGUGGAAGAAGUAGAAGAGGACGAAGAGGCGGGCGAGUCCGUGUCAGACGUAGACAUGUCCGAGUUCAAUGCGUGAUGAGGACCAAUUUCCGCGCCUCCACAGCAUAGGCCUAAUCCCGGUGCCCUUUUAGCGCGGUCAUUUUUUGGUGCGAAAUUCGUAUUCUGUCCGUAAUCACAUCACAUCACAAGCACGGUAACUCAUAGGAGCUUUUUAACACACAGCAUUAGUUUGAACAAAACAGAAAGAAAAAUUGAAUUGCAAGCGGGGGGUGAAAAAAAAAAAGGGGCCCUAAUCUAUCGUUCCCCUAGCAUGUUUCGUUUAGAAUAAUAAAAACGCUAGGCAUGCCAUCGUUUGGCAAAAACCACCGAAAUCCCAACCCAUAGUUAGACAUCAUGAAAAGAAUUCCAUCAUCUUCCAUACUCCCACCGG